AUGGCUAAUAUCGGCAGCUACUUGGAAGGCAGCACAAGCUACAAGAACUGGGCCGCUGAAGUAGGCAAGACCUGCUGGGAGCAUCUAUAUACCGUGGAGAAACAUGGUAAGUAUCAAAUAAUUAUGGAUGCGUAUGAUAAUGAAGCCAAUCUUAUUUCUACAAUCACGGAUUUACUGGACAGCACAGCCAGCUUCCCUGAACCCUCUCAUUUUGAAGACUACGUGAAAACUUAUAAGGAUAUUGACGAUGCCAGAGAAGGGAUAAGAAACUGGAGACGCAACAGAGGCCCUAUACCUCCAGAACUGCUUGCCGAGCUAGAGGCAGACAAUGGAUGA